UCAGUUGACUUGAAGCUCCGGGAGUGUUUGUUGAUUAUUGAUACUGAAACACGAGUAUUAUCAUUAAAUAUGCCAAAUAUAAAUGCCACAUACGUGACCCAUAACAAUGGAACAAAAAUGCAAUCCAUUGGCUUGGGAACAUACGCGUCCUUGGGAGGAGACUGCGAAAUAGCAGUGCGCGAUGCAAUUGAUGCGGGUUACCGGCACAUCGACACCGCUUACUUUUAUGAAAACGAACAUGAAGUUGGCAAGGCAGUACGCGAUAAAAUUGCCGAAGGUAUCAUCAAGCGUGAGGAUAUUUUCAUCGUCACAAAGUUGUGGUGUCAUUUUCAUGAGCCCGAGCAAGUAGAGCGUGCUUGCCGAAAGUCGCUUGAAAACUUUGGAUUGGAUUACAUUGACUUGUACUUGAUGCACUGGCCGUAUGCGUAUGUGUAUCGUGGUGACAAUGAGAUGAUGCCCACUGAUGCUAAGGGGGAGGUGGAAUUGAGUGACACUGAUUAUUUGGAUACAUGGAAAGCAAUGGAAAAACUAGUUGGGCUAGGCUUGACAAAAAGUAUUGGAGUUUCAAAUUUCAAUUCCGUGCAAUUGAAACGUUUGCUCGAAAAUUGUAACAUAAAACCAAUACAUAAUCAGAUUGAAUGCCAUCCAGCUUUGAAUCAAAAAAAACUUAUCGCUUUAUGUAAACAAUAUGAUAUUGUAGUGACCGCUUAUUGUCCAUUAGCCAGGCCGGAUCUUGAACAGAAAACACCAAAAUACUUUUUUGAUGACAAAGUUAAAAAAAUUGCUGAAAGAUACGGGAAGACACCAUCACAAGUUGCUCUACGUUAUUUAGUUGAAAUCGGUACUGUUCCCUUACCAAAAUCAGUAACUAAAACACGUAUUAUUGGCAACUAUGAUAUUUUUGAUUUUAAAUUAACUGCUGAGGACCAUGAAGUAAUGGACUCCUUUAAUACAGGCGAACGUUUGAUACCAAUGGAACACGCUAAGAAAAGUAAAUACUAUCCUUUCAGUAUUGAAUACAAGUUAAAUUUAAAUGUGUUUAGUCUUCGGGAUCUACUUAAUAUGAGUGAAACAACAAGUAAAUUUCCGCCAUGUGUUAAAUUGAGUAGCGGCUUUUUAAUGCCUCUAAUGGGAUUAGGCACAUUUGGGGUAAAUAGAAAACAACUUUUGAUGAAUAAAGCCAAAUGUGAAAAUGCAGUAAGCCAAGCUAUAGAUAUGGGUUAUCGUCACAUAGAUACCGCCUUACUAUAUUUAAAUGAGUCCAAUAUUGGAAAGGUUCUGCAACAAAAAUUCAGAGAAGGCGUUGUGAAACGGGAGGAUAUAUUUUUAGUUACCAAACUUUGGAAUACCUUUCAUGAAAUAGACAAAGUUAAAUAUAUAUGCAGCAAGCAAAUGGAACAGUUGAAAGUUAGCUAUAUUGAUUUGUACCUAAUGCAUUAUCCUAUAUCGUAUAAGUACAUAACCGAUAGUGACGUGAUACCAUAUAAGAAUGAUUUGUUACAAAUGAGUGAUAUUGAUUAUUUGGAUACGUACAAAGCAAUGGAAGAACUGGUGGAGCUUGGUUGGGUGCGGAGCAUUGGCUUGUCAAAUUUUAAUUCAGUUCAAAUACAAAGGAUACUCGAAAACUGCAGUAUAAAACCAGUGACAAAUCAGGUUGAAUGUCAUCCGUUACUAAAUCAGAGGAAAUUAAUUAAUUUCUGUCAUCAAAAUGAUAUUAUCGUAACUGCUUACUCACCACUCGGACGACCUAAACCUACGAAACCCCUGCCUAUUUAUUACAAAUCUGUUAAAGUCCAGUUAAUUGCUCAGAAAUACAAUAAAACUGUAGCUCAAAUUGUGCUUAGAUAUUUGGUUGAUAUUGGUACGGUACCCAUACCUAAGUCAUGCAAUGUUGAAAGAUUAGCUGAAAAUCUUGAUAUAUUCGAUUUUGAAUUAACACAAGCCGAAAUCGACGUGAUGGAUAAAUUUCAUACAGGGGAACGAAUUUGGUUCUGCAAUAUAGCAAAGGAUCACAAAUAUUGGCCAUUUGGCAUAGAAUUCUAAGAAUUUGAUAGAACAUAAAGUAAAAUUGCAACACUAUAUAUUAGAAUCAGUGUAUG